GUCCCGGAACAUGCCCGCCCGCCGGCCCCCUCCGCCGCACCGCAAGGUGCGGGUUUUUCGGCCAGAACGUCAAGUGAUGGGAAGCAGACCGAGGAACGCAUCCACAACUCCCUCAUCCCCCCUGCUGGAACCUUGCUGAAAGAAAAAUAGAUGAAUUUUGAAUCCAUUAUGCCUACUCAGUACCUGAAACACCCGGAAAGACAGGCAGAGAGCGAGAGCCAGGCGCUGGUCCGUGGGCACAGCAGGCCACUGCCUGCUCCGCUGGCCAGCAAACAAACAGCGAUGGCAUUGCAAAGGCCGGUUGGAUUUUCCCCAUCUUACAGCACCUCGCAGGUCUCUUCUCUGAGCAGUACGUUGCCUGAGUGAGUGGAAACAUACAGAUCAGCUGCAGGUUUCUGUCUACAAAAACAGAGUGAAAGAGAAAGAAAAGGGUUGGGAAAGCAGAGACAAAUAUUGACCUGGACUUAUAGAAAGACAUCCAAUGGCUGAAUAAAGAACCCUGUUCAUGUUUUGGGAUAUUCUUUCAACUGGCUGGAACGAGAGCGGAUCAAAAGAAUGGGAAAUGCCAGCAGACCCUUUAGAAGAAUUGCUUAUUUCUUAUGCCUUUUAUCUGUGCUUUUGCUGACUGAAGGGAAGAAACCAGUGAAGCCAAAAUGUCCUGCCUGGUGUACUUGUACCAAAGAUAAUGCUUUAUGUGAAAAUGCCAGAUCUAUUCCUCGCAGCGUUCCGCCUGAUGUUAUCUCACUAUCCUUUGUGAGAUCUGCUUUUACUAAAAUCCCAGAAGGGAGUUUUUUGCUCACACCAUCUCUGCAGCUUCUGUUGUUUACGUCCAACACUUUUGAUGUUAUUAGUGAUGAUGCUUUCAUGGGCCUUCCUCAUCUAGAAUAUUUGUUCAUAGAGAACAACAACAUUAAGUCCAUCUCAAGAAAUACUUUCAGAGGACUGAAAUCUUUAAUUCACCUGAGUCUUGCAAAUAAUAAUCUCCAGUCCCUUCCAAAAGACAUAUUCAAAGGCUUGGAUUCUUUAACAAAUGUAGAUCUUAGAGGCAAUGCAUUUAAUUGUGACUGCAAACUGAAGUGGUUAGUGGAAUGGCUGGGCAGCACCAAUGCAACAGUCGAAGACAUUUACUGUGAAAGCCCAGCAGAAUAUAAGAAGCGCAAAAUCAAUAGCCUCUCUCCAGAAGAAUUUGAUUGCUUUAUUACAGAAUUUGUAGUUUAUCAGUCCCUGCCAUACCAAUCUCUGUCAGUAGAUACUUUCUCAUAUAUGAAUGAUGAACACGUGGUUAUUGCUCAGCCUUUUACUGGAAAAUGCAUCUUUCUUGAAUGGGACCAUGUGGAAGUGAUGUUCAGGAAUUAUGACAACAUUACAGGUACUUCGACUGUUGUGUGUAAACCUAUAGUUAUUGAGAGUCAGCUGUAUGUCAUUGUCGCACAGCUGUUUGGAGGCUCCCACAUAUAUAAAAGAGAUAUUUUUGCUAAUAAGUUUAUAAAAAUUCAAGAUAUUGAAAUCCUUAAAAUCCGAAAACCCAAUGACAUUGAAACUUUCAGGAUUGCUGAAGACUGGUAUUUUGUUGUUGCAGACAGUUCAAAGGCUGGUUUCACCACAGUUUACAAGUGGAAUGGGAAUGGAUUUUAUUCCCAUCAGUCUCUGCAUGCCUGGUACAGAGAUACUGAUGUGGAGUAUCUUGAAAUAUCUGGCAAACCACAUUUAAUUCUGUCAAGUAGUUCCCAAAGACCUGUAAUAUAUCAAUGGAACAAAGGAACCAAUGAGUUUGUUAAGCGGUUUGAUAUCCAAGAUAUGGAAGAUGCAUAUGCAGUGAAACAUUUCAAAGUGAAAGAGGAUGUAUACAUUUGCUUAACAAGAUUUAUUGGGGACUCUAAAGUAAUGAAAUGGGGUGGUUCAGCAUUUCUGGAUUUACAAAGGAUGCCAUCCCGAGGGUCAAUGGUAUUCCAACCACUUCAGAUAAAUAAUUAUCAAUAUGCCAUUCUUGGAAGUGAUUAUUCUUUUACUCAAGUCUAUUAUUGGGAUGCGGAAAAGGCAAAAUUUGUGAAGUUUCAAGAAUUAAACGUACAGGCGCCAAGAUCUUUCAUACAUGUCUCCAUCGAUAAAUCCAUAGAUUUUCUCUUUGCUUCAAGUUUUAAGGGAACUACAUUGAUUUAUAAACAUGUCAGAGUUGACUUAAGCGCAUGACACUCAUAAUUCUGAAAUUACAUGAGACUUUCUACCGUAAGCGGACAAAAUGAACUAAAUGCAUGAUGACUCUCUUAUCUUACUUCCAAAUGAAUGCCUUUAAAAGUUGAGAUUGCUAGAACAAAGUAUUACUAGUAUCUUCAUCUUUAAUUGUCAAGUCUAGUGGUGUUGGAAGUUGCAUUUUUUAACAAAAGGAAAUUAAAUUAACUGUUCUUUGCAUCCACAAUAUGUAAAUAUGUGUGCAACUGCAUCUGUUGCUAUAAAGAAUAUUAAGAUGUACUUUUCCAUUUAUUUAUUCACCUGUUUGAAAAAACUGCCAAAUAAAAUGUUUACAUUUUGUGUCUUUCACAUUCCAAAUAUUAUUUGCAGGUGAUACUUUUUAUUUGUGUAUAUAUUAUACACAUAUAAAAUAAAGCCAAGAAGGCAUAUUGCCCAACACAAUGUUGUACUGCAUAGAAGAUGUCCAAUAUUGAAGAUCAGGUGGGUUUUACAUACAAAAAGAAGUUCUUGAUAAAAAUACUACAUUGUAACACAAGUCUAUAAAUUAUCACUGGACAUAUCCUUGCAGUUAUGUGAAGCUUCACUAAUUUAAACAGAACGCUACCCAGAAAAAAGUAGUUAGUUAUAUAGAUCUGGCUAUAGGAUGAAGGGUUCAGUAAUACACAUCUAAUUAUAGGAUGGGGCUUUGUACUGUGUAUAGCUGGAAGCACCCAAUUCUCUAAAAUUUAUAAAGAAAUCUGCAGAAUAAAAGACAAGGUAAAGGUCUGUCUUUCUCCACCUGAUGCUGAAGCAGCACAAAACAAAUCUCUUGUAUAACACUGGGGCUGUUACUGUGCUGAAAGCUAGAAGCACAGCUUAUUUUUCAGCUAGCACUAUUUCUAUAGCUGAACUGUCACACAUCACUUGCAUGAAUUCUGUGUGUCCCUGUCAAGUCUUUUCACUGUAAUUGAAUUAUUUAGUCUUCAAUGAAUUUAUUCCUUAUUCUGAAUGAAGCUAGUGAAUGUGAAGUAAUUUUUUUCUACUAUCCUGCAAUGAAGUUUAGUAACAGAUCCUUCUGAAAUUCAGGGAAUUUUGAAUUUGGCAGGAUAAAUUCAGUUUGUAUAGCAUAUGCAACUCCAGGAAGGAUACCUAUAUCUGUUAAGCUAUGCCAAAUUUGAAUUUGGCAUCAAAAUCUAUUACAAACUCACAGUUAAAAUAGUCUUUUGUUUACAUACAUCUAGUGCAUCACUUGUGAGAAACCUACACUGCUGCUGAAGAUGAUUUGGUAGAGCUCAGGAAGAGAGCUCAAGUUUAUUUUAGAAACCUUUGCACUUCACUUGAAGUUAUCAAGCAUUGUGGCUCCAGUGCCAUCUUUAAAAUAUACACAUGAAUACCAUGUAUAUUUAUACACAUUUCUAACAUUUCUAACAUUCACAAAUGUUGACUGGCAAAUAAUACUAAUCAUAUGCAUGUCAGCUAAUCACAUGAGCUGAUUAAUGUGUAUUUUAAGAAGCCAGUCCUAAACACUAUGUUUCUAUUAUAAAGAAUGGAGGGGGUUUAUAUUAAAUGUUAUUUGAAAAGAAAAAAUCCCACUUGAACAAUACUAUUCUAAUAUGGUAAUUUUUUGGAUACCUUUUUAUUCAUAGUUGCCUGGGUUCUGGUCAGUAAUUGGCUUAAUAACUACCUAUUCCAUAAGUAUUUACAGUGUGUCUAGAAAGAUUUUAAACUAUGUUUCACAGCUGAAACAUCCAAAUUUUUUCUUAAUAAAUACAUUUUCAAAAAUCAUCUUGAUAAAUCAUCUCUUGUUUGACAGGUUUCUUUUAUAUGUCAAACCUUAUUUUCUUUAUAUAUUUUUAGCUUUUAUAUGAGCAUGAUUUCAAACCCCAGAUGAACCCAAAUAAUCUUUUUUAAUAUUUCUCAGUGUUGGCUGCACAUCUGUGAUUAUGAACUCAGUUUGUCCAUUUCUUCUUCAGUGCUUGCACGGCAAAGAAAUGAAAUGCAAAGUCAUGAACCCAUCUCCAAUCUACCAGCAAAUCAUGAAGUGUUUUCAGCUUCAUCUUGUCUUUUGUUUCAGUCUUUUACUUAAGGUCCUAUUGAGUUACAUGUGCUGAUUUUGAUCUGAUUUUUCCCAUUAUACUUGCCUACAUGCACUCUCUAUCAAAUUAUAGAGGUAAUAGCUAUGUAUCCCUCUUAUUAUGGACAUAUUAUGAAUUUAAGUGGAGUCGGAGAACCUUGCUAAUCUGCUACCAACGUUUAUUUACAAACACUAUUGCCCAAUAUAUUGUCUCACAAUUCUACCUUGAGAAAGUUGUUUCAUGGAGUCAUAUUUCAGAGCCAGCCAGUCAUGCUGGCUAUGCCCUAUGCUACAGUAGUGCUGUGAUUGUUUUCCUGAAAUAACAUGACAGACUUAUGGGAAUUCACUGUUACUCCUGGGUUUAAAAGAAGAGUUUAAAAGGCUGCAAGGGUGUGAGUCAGUAGACUUUUACAUUCAUGAUGUCUGUAAAGCUAACAGCAGUACAGUGGAGGGUAGCAAGAGAUUAAACCGCUGGAGUACGUAACUGCAUUAUUGGUUUAGUUGUUCCUGCAGAAAAUUUGACCUGCAGUCAAGUACUAAUUCUUUCGGAAAGUUCUUAAUGCUUAUAUCCUUUUUGGAAGGUCAACUAAUUACUAUAAAAUGCUGAAUAUAAAUCUGUUCUCUUUUGAAAAUCCCUUUCUCUAGUCAGUUUAUGUCAGGUGGAUACUCACAGGGACUACAGGCAGUUUCUUAUUGUGCAAGUAUAGCAUUUCUUUGCACCACAUGAGGAACCGGGUUAUUUUUAGAACGGAACUCAUAAUCCUUAACGUAGAAGAGUGUAAAGGCUCAUUAGGUGGUUCCCUAUGCUGUUUCGUUCUAAUUUCAGAGACUGGGCAUUUUAACAGCUCAUCUGAGCAUAAGGCCAUAUUCCAUCCUGGCUCUCUGCUCAGGAUUCCCUCUGGUAUCAGUGAAAGACUCAGACAAUAACUAGAAUAGAACCUUUUAUCACAUAUACAUUGAUACUUCUUAAAAAUGUUGUUUAAAAAAACCCUUUUCUUUCAGCAAAGUCUAUCUUACUUGUGGCUGACUGGUUGUCUUCUGUAGUUGUAAUGGAUUUUCUAAACUCCCUAAUUGUUUUGUGUAUGACUGACAGAGUAUGUAAAGUACUAAAUGUAUUACAGAAAACAGUACUGAAGGUUAUUAAUGGGUACUGCUGAUCCUUGAUGCUGCUUAGUUGUGUUAACUUCUAAGACAUAAAAAAAAGGUUAGUGGAAUUGUAUUGUAUUCCUACAACUACUUCAUUAUUUUUAAUAGAGCAAAAAUAUAAAAGAAUAUACACCUCUUUACUCUGGAAGAGAUAUAUAAAAUACAUUCAGAAUACCUGACACUACACCACGUGUGACUUUUUUUAUUUUGUCUAUUGUAAUGUCUAGGACUUGCGGGUUUUUUGUUUCUACUUAUUUUCCAUUGAAAAAAUAUUCCGAAAUGCACUCUUCCUACACUCUUUCCUUCAGAAAGGAAAAAUCUUGUUGUGUAAGGUAACAAAACAAACAGAAAUGUAUUAUUGGUUUGUAUUUAAUUUUAACUAUAACUUCUCUUUAUUAUCUUAAUUUUUUACCUUUAUUUGAAGGGGUUGUAACAGCCAUUCAAAGUACACUUGAGGAUGGGAAACAAUUAUUGGCAUAAUUAAUAAGAUGUGUGAUAUGCUUUGAUAUGUUUUAGUGGGAAGCUCACUGUCUAAAAGCUGUAUUUAUGUAUAUGAGCAUAACAAUAUAUUGUAUUAGCAUUCAAUGGAAAAUAAAGAAUAUUUAAACCACA